ACAACAUGCAUAAUUCAUUGCGAGCGAUGGAGAGUACUCGAAUCAGAGUGGCCUCGUUCGCCUUUGUAAUUGCUCUGCUGUUGAGCGGAGCAUCGGCGGGAAGCAUUAGCAUAUACUGGGGCCAAAAUGGCAAUGAAGCCACUCUUGCCGACACCUGCUCAACCGGCAACUUUGCAUUUGUGAUGAUCUCUUUUCUGACCACGUUUGGCAACGGGCAGACACCGGUGCUCAACCUGGCAGGCCACUGCGACCCAUCUUCUGGAGGAUGCAAAUCUCUCAGCACCGACAUUAGCUCCUGCCAGUCCAGCGGCGUAAAGGUGUUGCUCUCCUUGGGAGGCGCCUCCGGAAGCUAUUCAAUCGUCUCCGCAGAUGAUGCCCAAAACGUGGCCACUUAUCUGUGGAAUAACUAUCUUGGAGGGCAGUCGGAUAACAGACCUCUCGGAGACGCCGUUCUGGAUGGCAUAGACUUCGAUAUCGAAGCAACGACGGAGCACUGGGACGAUCUGGCCAAGGCUUUGUCUGCUCUUAGCACCUCCUCCAAGAAGGUAUAUCUCAGCGCUGCUCCGCAGUGCCCCUAUCCCGAUUCUCACCUCGGAACGGCCUUGCAGACGAGUCUUUUCGACUAUGUAUGGAUCCAAUUCUAUAACAAUGGCCAAUGCGAGUAUGCCAAUGGGGACGCUUCUAAUCUGGUGAAUUCCUGGAACCAGUGGACAACGUCGGUUACUACUGUUGAAACGCAGGGCUUUUUUCUGGGCCUUCCCGCUUCCUCUGCAGCUGCUGGAAGUGGCUUCAUUCCUGCAGCCACACUCAUCUCCGACGUGCUACCUCAGAUCAAGACCUCCUCGAAAUACGGAGGACUCAUGCUGUGGAACAAGUACUACGACGAGCAAACCGGUUAUAGCACGGCCAUUAAAGGUUCUGUCUGAUAAAGUUCAUUUCAAUUCCCUCGUGUAGGCUACCAAAUAAUAAUGAGGCCGUCCCUAUAUAUGGUGCCUAAUUUGGCCAGAUUGUAGUAAUGCUGAAAAUAACACUUCUCAUCCAGUUUUUCUUGAA